AUGAGGUUCAACGCUCCAGACUCGGACGAAGAUGUCUACGGGCCGCUAGAGUCCUACUCGGACUCAGAAUCGGAGGAUCAAGAUCAACCUGGCCUCGAGGCGAAAGGCCCGAGAUCCCUCCUUGGACAGCUGAUCAAGACUUAUGUCGAAAGUUCAGAGUCAGAGGUGGAGCCUGAGGAACCGGAUUCCGAGGAUGAAGUCGCGCUGGGCCUGGAUGAGAAACCUGCGACAGGGCACUUCGAUACUUUUCGCGAGCCGUCAGCCUUUCCAGCCGAGUCGAGUAGAGCGUGGAAAAAGCGUUCGAGCGUUAUGGACCUGGACGGAUCAUUACGCGGAGGAUACGACGAGUGGUUGAGGACGACCGAACGACUGGCCAUUCAAUCCGCUCAAAAGAUGGCUCGAGAUCGUCGUCAAUCACUCAGAGAGAUAGCGACGAAUGCCAGAACAGACAUCUCAUCGGCUCAUGCCCGUCGACAAGCUCGUAACGAGGAGCAGAUGGACCGGAUGAUGCAGGGUAUCGCCUUGGUGGACAAGGAGGGCAAAGAUGAGACUCAGAGGAGGUUCCAAGAGAGGCAAAAACGGCUAUGGGACGACAUCAACAACGCCAUCCGCGAGGUGGAACGGAGGGAAGCUGAAGUGGCCGCUGCUGCAGCCGCUGCCUCUCGCAAGAGGCAAGAGGAGGAAGCGGCGCGAGUUGCAGCCGAGGAGAAAGCAGCCUUAGCUCGACGACACGAGGCGGAGCGAUUGGCGAAAGAACACCUAGCGAAGCAGCAAGCAGAGAAAGAGGCCAAAGCUGCUGAGCAGAAGCGUUUGGACGAGGAAAAAGCAGCGAAGGAAGAGGCUCGAGCAAAAUCUCACAAGAGCCUUUCAGACUGGAAGUUCUGGGUCGAGAAGCAGCAGUGGAUGAAAAAGGAAGUCAUUGAGCCCGUCAAGGGUGACAAGAAUCUCAGGACGAGUCUGAGACAAGGCAUGAGGUUGAUGACCAGAGGUCUCGGACAGGUAGUCAAUACUCAGGAAGGAGUGGUCCGCGUCACGAACGAUAUUCACAAAAUUCUCUGCGAACAAUUGCAAUCCCCACCAUCCUGCUCAUCUGCCAUCCACCUCCCUGCACCUCUAUCCUACUCAUAUCUGCUCUCUCACCUAUCCAAAGCAUUGAUCAAGCAGGCCGAAUCUGAAGUGUCCGCCAAAUCAGAAGCCGCGUUUCCUCUCGCCCGUGUGGUCAUCGGUCUCCUCCUUCGAGGUCACGCCGCCCUGGGAGAGAUCUUCUUCGCUCGACUGGUGAAAAAGUGUCCUUGGGUAGUACCUCAUUAUCCUGGACGCCGGAAACCUCGAGAAGAGUUUGAAAAGUCUACAGGGAGAGGCGUCGACGAGUCACUGGCAGACUAUAUCGCCAGGAUGGUGGGUAUCACGACGUUGUAUUUUGCCAUCCUCCAGACUCCUAUCGCCACUAUCAUCCCGACGUUACCUGCCCAACCGACCCCAGAGCAACUUGGUACGUUGAUCAAUCCGCCUUUCCGAGCACCGGCAGCAUGGUCAUGGCUAGCGCUCGUCCUUCGAGAUCCUCUUCGGGGACUGGAACCGACGGCAAGCAUGAUCACCAUGUGGAUGGACAUUAUCGGCGCCGAAGCUGUCCGCCUAUGGGGCCGCCCACAAGUACACAAGCUCUUCGCCCUGAUCAGUCAGGGCGUAAGGGAUGGCCGGAUCAAAGGUGACAGUGAGGCUGCGAGGCAGAAAUUGGGGCUCGUCAUGGAGCAAGCUGGGAGUAUAGAGCAUCCAAAGGGCCGGCAGUGGACGUAG